UUAUAUGACGUUGAGUGACUACAGACAUUCAUUGUUUUAAGUAAAAUGAUUAAGAUCACGUAUUAAUAGACGAAAAUAAUGGCACUUUUGUCCUGCGAAUUUAACUCUUAGAAAAUAAAUUCUUAGGCAGUAUCAAGUUAAAAAUUGUGACACUAUAAUAUAAGGCUAAUAGUUUAGUUUACACUCGAAAAUUUUACAAAAACAUGUAUUUUAUGCAUGUAGAAUAAAUAUUUAGAUGCACAUUCAUAAAGUUAUCAAAUGAGUUAUGCAAAGUUUGACGAAAAAGUAGCGCAAAUGUUACAAAAUCAAUUAAAUUACACUGGAAUCACAGAAAAUGCAUUUUUUUCGAAAGAGAAAGAAAAAGAAAAUUAUCGUCCUCGAACGUUGAUUGAUGAGACACUUGAGUAUAUUGAUCCAACACCAAACAUUCAUACCCUUUUUGUUCAGUUCAAUGAAAAAUUUUUUUGGAAUGUUUUGCUACCUGUGCAGGUCAAGUGGAGUCCAAGGAUGACAUCAUGUGCUGGAAUAUGUUCUUUCCAUCCAAGAAACAAAGAAUGCGUAAUUGCUCUGAGCAGCCCAUUGCUAAAAUUAAGGCCAAGAAAAGAUCUUGUUGAAACUUUAUUGCAUGAGAUGAUACAUGCAUACCUGUUUCUUACAAAUGAUAACAGAGACAGAGAUGGGCAUGGACCUGUUUUUCAAAGUCACAUGCACAGAAUCAAUAAAGCUGCAGGGACAAAAAUUACUAUUUAUCAUACAUUCUAUGAAGAAGUAAAAUUGUACCAACAACAUUGGUGGAGGUGCAACGGGCCUUGUCAAAAAAGAGCUCCUUAUUUUGGCAUGGUAAGAAGAGCUAUGAAUAGGGCUCCUGGCCCAAAUGAUUUUUGGUGGUCAGACCAUAUAGCUAAUUGUGGAGGGAAAUUCAUUAAAAUUAAGGAGCCAGAAAAACCUGAGAAGAAGAAAAAGGUAUCUAAUAAUAAGCUUAAUAAUAUCUGUGUCAAAAAUUCUGAAAAUAACAGUAUACUUAACUGGGUGAAGAAAUCUAAUCUUCAUGAUGGUAGUGCACAAAAUAGAAAUAGUUUAUCUGAUUAUCAACAAAUUUCAAAUCAGAACACUAAUAAAAACAGUGCUAUUAAAUCACAAGCAAGCAAUCGAAAGAGUAAUGUUUAUAAUACUUCAACAAGUUUGAAAAAGCUUGGCAACAGUACAAAUAAUGUUCAUGGAUGGGGCACUGGUGGUCCAAAGAGUAACUAUAAGUCAAGUACAAAUGCAGAUUCAAAAAUACUUCCAGAGUCUACUCAACCAUCUUUAUUUUUUUCUGGUACUUUGGGAGGAAGUGGUAGUGGACGUAGUAAUUUAAUAGAUAAAUAUUCCAAUCCAUCUAACAGCAAUCUUGUUCAAAGUACGUCGAACAAGACUCUGUUUUAUAAAAAUUCUUCAGUAAUUUCAAGUAUAGAUAAUCAUGAAAAAUUGGAAACUGUACAGUGUCCAAAUUGUCAAAAUAAUAUAGAAGAAACCAUGAUUAAUAAACAUCUAGAUGAUUGUUUAGAACAUACUAAUGAACAAAAACAUGUUGCUGCUACCUCAAUUAAAAAAAGAAAACACAAAGAUGAUUAUUUGACAGGUAAUAAAAUUUUCAAGCCUGAUAAUAUAACAGAUUCAAAUAGCAUUGAAUGUCCAUUAUGUUCCAAGAAAAUAAAGAUUGAUACAUUCAAUCAACAUUUGGAUAUGUGUGCAAAUAAUGAUUAUACAGAUCUAACAGAAAACCAAGUAAUAGCACUGCAUGAUACUAGUUCUAGUUCUGUUAAUUUACAAGACUCACCUCAUGUCUGCUUAAUAUGUGAGAAGAUCUUGGAGCCUAAUGUAACUUUAAAUGAACAUUUAGAAGAUUGUGUUUCUUCUAUCUUUAAUGAUAGUAACAAUGAUGAUGUUAUUGAAGAACUAAAAACUGAUAAAACAGAACACACAACAAAAUAUCCUUGUCCAGUGUGCAUGUCUCUAAUUGAUGAAAUUACUAUGAAUAUUCACUUAGAUUCAUGCCUUAACCAACGUUUGUAUCAAAUAUUCUAGUACAAUUGAAUACAUAAAUGUAAAAAUAUAUUUAUAUUAUUGAAUAAUAUUGUUUUUUAUAUUAUGGACUCAUUUUUGUACGUGUAUUUUUGAUUAAAA